AUGAUGAAGGCUGUGAGUUUUCUGCUUCAUUUUGCCUUCCUCUUCACCUUAACACAAGGCAGAUCAAUCAUCCCACAGCCCCAACCUCUCAGAUCCUUCAAGCUCAGCAAUAACCAGUAUGCAGGGAGCUGUUCCUACACAGUAUCAAUAAAGACUAGCUGUUCUUCACCCAGAUACACACGAGAUCAGAUCAGUAUUGCAUUUGGUGAUGCUUAUGGCAAUCAGGUGUAUGCACCCAGAAUAGACGAUCCAUCUUCGAGGGCAUUCGAGAGUUGCUCCACGGAUACAUUUCAGAUUUCUGGGCCAUGUGCGUACCAGAUCUGUUAUGUGUAUCUCUAUAGGAAUGGAUACGAUGGGUGGAAAACACAGACAGUGACAAUCUAUGGUCAUUACACCAAAUCCGUCACAUUUUAUUACAACUCUUUUAUUCCCAAUGGAAUUUGGUAUGGGUUUAAUCAUUGUAAUGGUGGUGCUUCAGCAGCGUUAUCCACUUCAAGCAUGUAG